AUAUCAGGGCUAGGCGUCACCGCUGGUGUUCAUCGUUUAUGGACCCACCAAGCUUACAAGGCAAAAUGGCCACUUAGAAUUAUACUUGUCGUUUUCUACGCUUCGUCUGGCAUGAAUAACCUGUAUGACUGGGUGCGAGAUCAUCGGGUACACCACAAGUAUACAGACACAGACGCAGAUCCGCACAAUAGUAACCGAGGAUUCUUUUUUUCCCAUGUCGGUUGGUUGAUGAUGAAGAAACAUCCGGAGGUGAUCCGAAAGGGUGGUCAGAUCGAUAUGAGCGAUAUAUUGGCCGAUCCUAUCGCCACAUUUAGUUGCAAAUAUUUCAAUAUACUUAAAUUUAUCUUUGCUUUCCUGCUUCCGGUGAUGGUACCUGUGUUUGGAUGGAAUGAGACUUGGUAUAGAGCCUUCAUAUCGCAGAUUAUUAUUCGUUAUACUUACGUUUUAAAUGGUACAUGGAGCGUCAACAGUGCAGCUCAUAUCUGGGGCUCAAAGCCAUACGAUUCGUACAUAAAUCCAACAGAAAAUCGAUGGGUUAGCAUUAUAACGAACGGCGAAGGAUGGCACAAUUACCAUCAUGUCUUCCCGUGGGACUACAAGGCUGCCGAGUUACCAUAUUCCAAGCUUGCAACUACAAAUUUUAUCAACUUCUUCGCGAAAAUCGGGUGGGCGUACGAUCUCAAACAACCAUCGCAGGAGCUCGUGAAGACCAUCGCGAUGAAAAAGGGUGACGGGAGUCAUCCUUUGUGGAGUGCUGUGCCGUAUCCAGCCAGUAAAAUUGAAUAAUAAAAAUGAUUAACAAUAAGAGUGGUCUCAUUUUCACGAUAAAAAGUUUCCUUGGAUCAAUUAACAGCUGUAAAUGCAAUAUGAUUAUGACAAUUUAUAUACGUUUAUCAAUAUAACAUAAACUUAUA